AUGUCUUACGGUAACAACGACUCUUACGGCUCUUCCGGCCGCGAUAACUUCGGUUCAUCCAACACCGACACCAUGGGCUCCGGCGGUAUCUCCGGCGUCGAUGAUACUCUCGGCUCUUCGGGCCGUGCUGGUGACUCGUAUGGCUCAUCUGGCCGCGAUAACUUCGGAUCUUCCAACACCGAUUCCUAUGGCUCUGGAGGUGUCUCUGGUGGCAGUGAUACAUUUGGCUCUUCAGGCCGUGACACCCUCGGAUCUUCCAACACCGAUUCCUACGGCUCUAGUGGUCGCACUGGCGGCAGUGAUACAUUUGGCUCUUCAGGCCGUGACACCCUCGGAUCUUCCAACACCGAUUCCUACGGCUCUGGUGGUCGCACUGGUGGCAGUGAUACAUUUGGUUCUUCAGGCCGUGACAACCUCGGAUCUUCCAACACCGAUUCCUACGGCUCUGGUGGUCGCACUGGUGGUAGUGAUACAUUUGGCUCUUCAGGCCGUGACACCCUCGGAUCCUCCAACACCGAUUCCUACGGCUCUGGUGGUCGCACUGGUGGUAGUGAUACAUUUGGCUCUUCAGGCCGUGACACCCUCGGAUCCUCCAACACCGACUCUUAUGGCUCUGGAGGUGUCUCUGGUGGCAGUGACUCUUACGGCUCUUCCAACCGCGACGAAUUUUCCGCGGGCCGUGGUAACGACAAGUCCUAUGGAUCGUCUAACAACGAUUCUUACGGCUCCUCUGGCCGUGAUAACUAUGGAUCUGCCAACGACUCUCAAGGUUCCUCUGGUCAAGGCGGUGAUAGCACCAUGGGCAAGAUCAUGGAGAAAGCUGGUGGUGUGCUUAACAACAGCAAGCUCGAGGAGCGUGGCCACGAGAAGCGCGAGGCUAAGGGUGCCUACGGCAAUGACAACUACUAG